CCGGCGCGGCGGGCGGUCGGUGGCGGCCGCUCGGGUGCUGACAAGAUGGCGGCCGGCGGGGCUGUAGCUGCGGCGCCCGAGUGCCGGCUUCUGCCCUACGCGUUGCACAAGUGGAGCUCCUUCUCCUCCACCUACCUCCCCGAGAACAUUUUAGUGGAUAAACCAAAUGACCAAUCUUCAAGGUGGUCUUCAGAGAGUAACUAUCCUCCCCAGUAUUUGAUUCUGAAGCUUGAAAGGCCUGCUAUAGUUCAGAAUAUCACAUUUGGAAAAUAUGAGAAAACUCACGUCUGCAACUUGAAGAAAUUCAAAGUCUUUGGUGGAAUGAAUGAAGAAAAUAUGACAGAGCUGUUGUCUAGUGGCUUAAAGAAUGAUUAUAACAAAGAAACAUUCACCUUGAAGCAUAAAAUUGAUGAACAGAUGUUCCCUUGUCGAUUCAUAAAAAUAGUUCCGCUCUUAUCCUGGGGACCCAGCUUUAACUUUAGCAUCUGGUAUGUUGAACUUAGUGGCAUUGAUGAUCCUGAUGUAGUACAACCCUGUCUCAACUGGUAUAGCAAGUACCGUGAACAGGAAGCCAUUCGCCUUUGUCUGAAGCACUUCAGGCAACACAACUAUACAGAAGCUUUUGAAUCGCUGCAAAAGAAAACCAAGAUUGCACUGGAACAUCCCAUGUUAACAGAUCUGCAUGACAAACUGGUGUUGAAGGGUGACUUUGAUGCUUGCGAAGAAUUGAUUGAAAAAGCUGUGAAUGAUGGCUUGUUCAAUCAGUAUAUCAGUCAACAAGAGUAUAAGCCACGAUGGAGUCAGAUCAUUCCCAAAAGCACCAAAGGUGAUGGAGAGGAUAACCGACCAGGAAUGAGAGGGGGCCAUCAGAUGGUUAUUGAUGUUCAAACAGAAACUGUGUAUUUGUUUGGUGGCUGGGAUGGCACACAAGAUCUGGCCGACUUCUGGGCAUACAGUGUGAAGGAGAACCAGUGGACAUGUAUCUCCCGGGACACUGAGAAAGAGAAUGGUCCAAGUGCCAGGUCAUGUCAUAAAAUGUGCAUUGACACCCAGCGGAGGCAGAUCUACACACUGGGCCGUUACUUGGAUUCCUCUGUGAGGAACAGCAAAUCUCUGAAAAGUGACUUCUAUCGCUACGACAUUGAUACAAACACAUGGACGCUGCUAAGUGAAGACACUGCAGCUGAUGGCGGGCCCAAGUUGGUGUUCGAUCAUCAGAUGUGUAUGGACUCAGAAAAACAUAUGAUCUACACCUUUGGUGGCAGAAUUUUGACAUGUAAUGGCAGCGUUGAUGACAGCAGAGCCAGUGAACCACAAUUCAGUGGGUUGUUUGCUUUCAACUGUCAGUGUCAAACCUGGAAACUUCUUCGAGAAGACUCCUGUAAUGCUGGACCUGAAGACAUCCAGUCUCGGAUAGGACACUGCAUGCUGUUCCACUCAAAAAAUCGUUGCUUAUAUGUAUUUGGUGGUCAGCGAUCAAAGACUUAUUUGAAUGAUUUUUUUAGCUAUGAUGUGGACUCUGAUCAUGUAGACAUAAUAUCCGAUGGCACCAAGAAAGACUCUGGGAUGGUUCCAAUGACAGGAUUCACACAGAGAGCAACCAUUGAUCCAGAACUGAAUGAAAUACAUGUCUUAUCUGGACUCAGCAAAGACAAGGAAAAGAGGGAAGAGAAUGUCAGAAAUUCAUUCUGGAUUUAUGACAUUGUGAGAAAUAGUUGGUCUUGUGUCUACAAGAACGAUCAAGCUGCAAAGGAAAAUCCAAGUAAAAGUCUUCAGGAGGAAGAACCAUGUCCAAGAUUUGCCCAUCAGCUUGUAUAUGAUGAAUUACACAAGGUUCAUUAUUUAUUUGGUGGGAAUCCAGGAAAAUCUUGCUCUCCAAAGAUGAGAUUAGAUGAUUUCUGGUCACUGAAGCUGUGUAGGCCUUCAAAGGAUUACUUACUGAGACAUUGCAAGUACCUCAUAAGGAAACACAGAUUUGAAGAAAAGGCUCAGAUGGAUCCCUUGAGUGCACUGAAAUAUUUACAAAACGAUCUUUAUAUAACUGUGGAUCAUUCAGACCCUGAAGAGACGAAAGAGUUUCAGCUCUUAGCUUCAGCUCUGUUCAAAUCUGGAUCAGAUUUUACAGCUCUAGGCUUUUCCGAUGUGGAUCACACCUAUGCUCAACGAACUCAGCUCUUUGACACCUUAGUAAAUUUCUUUCCUGACAGUAUGACUCCACCCAAAGGCAACUUGGUAGACCUCAUCACGCUGUAACCGAAGGGCCGCUCGAUGGGGACGUGCAGAACGGAGCCUGCUUCGUCUUGGACUGCGACUCUGGGCUGCCGCUGCGCUGUGAUGGAGGCCUGCACCAGAGCCUGCAAGGGAUCUUUACCGUCACGAGUUUCAAUCCUCUUCUUUCACGCCUGACCGCAACCCCCUUCUCCUCGUCCUAUUCCCAAACUAGGCUAAUAAAGUGAAAUUGGUAUACUUUCCAUUUAAAUAUAUACAUAUAUUUUUUCUUACUUUAACUUUUAAGAAUUAAUGAAUAUAAGAGAAAAAAAUAGGCAGUUCACCCUUCUCUGAAUUUUAUUUCUCUUUCUUUUUUUAAACUGGGGAGCUGAGCACUGUUAACAGACUCAGUGCUGUAAGAACUUUGGACUUUGCUGGAUUUUUUUGGCUAGCUUUCUGCUUUUUCUUCCCUUCCGAUUUCACUUUUAUCUCACAUCACACAACUGCUUGUGAGUGGUGUCGCUUGUUUACCUCGUUCUCAACAGAUACGUAGUACUGUACGACAGUGGCUGUACGUGAAGGUGAUGUUGUGUCAGUGUUGUAGCACAGUAAAUAAUAGGCAGAACCGAGAGCUCAAGUUUGCACUCUUUGCCAUAGAACAAAGAAGCGAAAUCCAAGACUGACCUGGACACCCAUCUGAGAUUGGUGUGUAAUAUUUCUACAGUGAUACAUUUUAUAGUGGAUACUAUAGUAUCAUCUGGCUUUAAGUCACAGAACUUUAAACUGAGGAGACCUUAGUGUGGAACCUUUAAGAGCCAUUCCAGAAAUGACAAGCAGGAGGGAUCUAGGGUGACUAAGGUGUCCUUCAUCUCUUUGUAGCCGUUUUGGAAGACAGUGGCUCUAGGGCACAGGUUGGUUUGUGCUGUGUCUUUGUAGCAUUUUCAUUUGGGAAGCCCAUUUCUAAAGCCACCCCUUUCUUUCUUCCCCAUACACAUUGGCUCUGUACAUCUGCUUCUGUAUACUGAUAUUUUGAAGAAUAAUGGUUUGUGAUUGUCCACUGGUGUGCAGCUAGCAGCAGAUCCUGGGCUUUUUUAAAUGGAGAAAAAGAAUAUUUUUUCAUUAAACAGAAAGGCAUGACAGAUGGUCUUUGCCACAAUUCCAGUUGGUUUGCGGAGGGGGAGGCACGUAUCUUGCGGCAAGGUGCUGUGGAGUGCAGUGUGGGAAAGCGGCACCUGGUCAGCGUUCACGUUUGCUCAGCCAGAGUGCUGUGUGCGCCCGACAGCCACCGUGCUGGAAGCAGACUCAGUAUAGUAAGUGUCCGUCAGUCAGCUCUUAAGACUGAAUGACUCAUGGAACUGAGUGUGUGCCUGUGUGGCAAGGUUAGGCGUCACCAGAGAGAACGGAGUGACCUGCACUUUGAAGAAGUGUCAUGUGUAGGAGUCAGACUUUGAGAUCCAUCUUCCCUCUGUCUUUAUGGACACAGGUAUUUUUGCUGGUUCUAUCUUGAGCCAUCGGUGGCUUUCCAGUUAUCCCAGAGCAGUCAGUAGUGAUUUCUUACACAAGCUAUUCCCUACCUUACCUUGUGAAAUGUAUUCUGUAUUUCAGCAGGUUCCAGAUUGUGUAGAUGUGGAGUGACCAAUCGAUUAUAGUUAAAUAAAUACAGUUUACUUGCACUUGUACAGUUCCAUAAAAUGAUUCCCCUGAGUAACAGUCCAGGACAAAAAAUAUCAGUGUAACUAAUAUGGUAGCCUGAUGAAUCUCAUUUUGUGAAGACAGGUGCAAGUCAGAGGUUGACAGGGAGGAACCUGAUACGACUGUCUAGAUUUAGAAGCUCUGGUUUUGCUUACUGUGAAUCCUGGUACUUUAAAACAUUAACCAAAUGAAGCGGGCUGCCCUUGCCUUUUGUUUAUAGUGCUUUUAUAACUUUUUUGGUCAGUUCCUUACACUCAAAUUAUUUGGAGGAAACUCAAUUCUUGACCUCAGUGAUUUUGGUUUUGUUUUCCCCUAAUCAUGUCUACUGGCUUUUGUUUUUAAAAUCUGCUUUAAAUAAAUAUGUGCUUGUUUCAGUUUCA